AUGAAUGAUGAUUACGAUUACGAAUUUUCUACUUAUUCAACUUCUAGUAGUACACCUAAUACAAGUCAAUGGGCAAGCGUUUUAGAUCAAGACAACGAUAAUUCAGUUUCUUAUUCUCAAUCACCACCUUUAGCCAAUGAAACUACCAAUAACAAUAAUAAUGCUAAAAGAGUUAAACUUUCUGAUAAACCUGGUUUUGCUCAAUCCUUUUUUGAAUUUUAUGAUCAGCCCAGAAUUAAGCCUGGGGACAAGCCAAUAACUAAGGCCAAAUGUAAGGUCGAAGGUUGUCAAACUCAAUAUGUAUGGUAUGGUUCAACAACUAAUUUAGUCAAUCACCUCUGUGAUGUUUAUCAUAUCACAAAAACGUUGCUUGAAUAUAGCUCAGUUGAAGAGCUUAAAAAAUCCUCUCAGCAAACCAUAGAAACCACUUUAUCAAAACUUUAUUCAGCAUCAAGACAACAGAAGCUUACACGAAACAUUAUCAUAUUUUUUAUCUCUUGUGUAAUCGAAAUGGGUGCAUAUAAAUCCGCUGAUGAUAUCGUUAGUUCUAUCGAACCUAUGCUUGAAGAAUUUGGUCUAGAAGGAAGUAAACUAUUAAGUAUAACUACAGAUAACGGCUCUAAUGUUAAAUUAGCUAUUACACAAUUAUCAGAAAGACUUUCAGUCUCAAGCCCAAUUGCUAAUAUUUUUUGUGCUGUAUAUACGUUGCAGUUAAGUGUUGAAGCAGGUUUGGAGCAACACGGUGAAAUUUCACCUACAUGGCUCUUAAAAGACUUGUUGAACUCAAACGGCCAAUUAA